CCCCUACUCAGGUGUAUAUAUAUACUAAGAUCUUCCCAAGGCUCUCAACUCUCCCUCUCGAUCAUCUUCACAAGAAUCCAUUCUGCUUCAUCGAACUCUCACCAAUAUCUUCAUUCUACGGUUGUGCCAUAAGUUUCGACAACACCUCCAAAAUGCAGUUCUCCAAGCUCACGAUCGCUGUCCUGUCAGCCAUCCUCACUUCCGCAGCCGCGCUCCCCGCUAGCGGGAUCUCAGCCACGGGAGAACCGUCGUCAACCGCCGAGCCAGAAGCUCCCGACUCCGGUUUCCAGCUCAAAGACGUGCAGGUCCACUGCCCCGACAACGACCACCAGAAGAACUUCCUGAAGUGCUACAACGACAACUCGGGCAAGAACUGCGACCCCAUGCCGGACCAGGCCGACAGGCACGCUUGCAGCCAGCUCUGGCAGAUUAUGUGCGCCAACCGUAUCGGCUGCCAGGUGCAGGGCUAAGUAGCCCGGUGGCUUGCAGACCGACGUUAUGAUACUCGAGGGCAGUUCUCGGUGGAGUUGGCGAUCUAUUGUGAUUUGCGGUGAUAGCUAGGCUGUUGCCAAUCUAGGGCACUUAAAAGCAAUCAGAUGAAUGAGGGGUGUUGGUGGUUUCCUAACG